AUGGACAUGGCUGGCCCCAGCCCCCACAACGCCUCACCUCACUUCACCUCACCUCCAUGCGCCUCACCUCCAUACGCCGUGCCUCACCUCACCUCCAUAUACCUCAACUCACCUCCAUACACCUCAGCUCACCUCACCACCACACCAUACCACACCACACCAGCACACGCCAGGGUCUGGAUUGAAGCCGUGCGUUGUGUGCAGUGCUGGGAGUCCGGAGGCCGCUGCCCAGUCCGAAGCAGCCUCUGCGAACCGGGGGGCAUGGAGACACCCUCUUCCCGACCCCUCACCUGGCAGAACUGGAGGGCUGAUUCUGCGCCCACUGGAAACCUGGGCAUCCCACCCCAGCACCUCCCCAGGUCGGAGGAAAGUCUCUCCUCCCCACCGCACCUGCACCCUGUUCCUGGCUGUUGCAGCCUGAGUUUCUCUGAGCCUCCCGGACCCCCACUCACUCGCACAGGGCGGAGGGAGUGGCUCCGGUGCAGCCCUGUGGCAGCCAUGUCUCCAGGUGGGGGCAGCUGGGCCGAACUGAAGGCCAGAGGAGUAGUGGGGCUGAGGCCACAUUCUAGUGCAGGUGUCCAGUCCCCAAGCCUGCUGCCUGCACCACUGCACUGCCCACACCACCAAGAUGCCUCCAUCACCACACUGCCCGCACCACCAAGAUGCCCGCACCACCAGGAUGUCACCAACAACAACAUGCCCCCACCACCACGCUGCCCCCACCACCGCUGCCUGAUGCGGCUGGGCUCCAGACAUUGUCUAGCAUGCAUCGAUUUCCUGCUGAAGAAGAUCCUGGCAGGAGGUGACAAGGCCAGGGUUGUGGUGGAGCUGGGCGCCCGCUGUGAAUGCAGCAACGCCUUGCCCUUGGUGCACGGCACCCCCGAUGGAACCACCGCCAGGACGGAGGCUCUGGUUGUGCCAGCUGGGCUUCGGGAGCCCCACCGAGUGGGCCGGGUGCAUCCUUCAGUUUCCCCUCUGCCCCCAGGCGCCGCCGCCGCCCUCAGCAGCGUGCCAUGUCUCCUCCAGGCCCAGCUGUCUCAGGCCCUCAAUGGCGUUUCCGACAAGGCCAAGGAAGCAAAGGAGUUCCUGGUGCAGCUCAAGAACAUGCUGCAGCAGAUCCAGGAGAACGGGCUGGACUAUGAAGCCUGCCUGGUCGCACAGUGCGACGCCCUGGUGGACGCCCUGACCCGGCAGAAGGCCAAGCUGCUCACCAAGGUGACGAAGGAGAGGGAGCACAAGCUGAAGAUGGUCUGGGACCAGGUCAAUCACUGCACGUUGAAGCUGCGCCAGUCCACGGGGCUGAUGGAGUACUGCCUGGAGGUGAUCAAGGACGAUGAUGCCUCGGGGUUCCUGCAGUGUGGUCUCUGGGACCACAGGCCUGGCCUCACCUCUCCCCACAAGUGGGAAGGACAGCCUCUGGCAAACGUGCUGGAUGCACUGUUGCUGGAGGCAGCUGCUGCCCACGUGGCCCGGGCCUCCCUGUGCAGUCCUGCUGAGCUGGCCUUGCCCUGGUGGCCAGUGGUCAAGCCCACUAUGCCCCCCGGGCCCCUGCUGCAGCUGGAGAAAUGCUGCACGCGAAACAACAGCGUCACGCUGGCCUGGAGGACGCCACCCUUCGCCCACAGCCCCGCCGACGGCUACAUCCUGGAGCUGGAUGAUGGCGACGGGGGCCAGUUCCGGGAAGUGUAUGUGGGCAAGGAGACCCUGUGUACCAUUGACGGGCUCCACUUCAACAGCACCUACAACGCCAGAGUAAAAGCUUUCAACACCGCCGGCGCCGGGCCGUACAGCAAGACAGUGGUCCUGCAGACCUCAGAUGUGGCCUGGUUCACCUUUGACCCCAACUCUGGGCACCGAGACAUCAUUUUGUCCAAUGACAACCAGACGGCCACCUGCAGCAGCUAUGAUGACCGUGUGGUGCUGGGCACAGCCGCCUUCUCCAAGGGCGUGCACUACUGGGAGCUGCACGUGGACCGCUACGACAACCACCCUGAUCCCGCCUUUGGCGUGGCCCGGGCCAGCGUGGCCAAGGACAUGAUGCUGGGCAAGGACGACAAGGCCUGGGCCAUGUACGUGGACAACAACCGGAGCUGGUUCAUGCACUGCAACUCCCACACCAACAGGACGGAAGGCGGCGUGUGCAAAGGAGCCACCGUGGGCGUGCUGCUGGACCUGAACAAGCACAGCCUGACCUUCUUCAUCAAUGGGCAGCAGCAGGGCCCCACGGCCUUCAGCCACGUGGACGGGGUCUUCAUGCCCGCCCUCAGUCUCAACCGCAACGUGCAGGUCACUCUGCACACAGGCCUGGACGUGCCCACAAGCCUGGGGCAGCCACAGCCAGCAGGCAACUAG